AUGACGUUCCGACGUGUGCUGAAGUAUGGUGUGGCCGGGAGUGCCCUGCUCGGGACGGGCCUUAGCCUGCACGCAAACGAUUACGACCUCAAUUCGGUCGGUAUUGUGCGAUUGGGACGAGCCGGUGCCACCGUAUUCGACAUUGCGAUGACGUACAAAGCGAACUUGUACACCCGCGAGUGGCCAGACAAAAAGGCCUCCGAGUAUUUGCAGCUUAAAAGUGACACACACCGAGCAGCCGCAGAAAAGCUGUUGGGACUGUGCCGCACGAACCGGGGUGUGUACAUUAAGGUGGGCCAGCAUAUCGGUGCGUUGGAGUACCUAUUGCCACCGGAGUACGUCAACACGAUGAAGGUGUUGCACAGCAACGCACCUCAGAACCCGGUCGAGGAUCUGUACCGCGUGAUCCGGCAAGAUUUGCGCAUGGAACCGGACGACCUGUUCGAGUCGUUCGAUCCGGAACCACUCGGGACGGCCUCACUGGCGCAGGUGCACCGAGCGACGCUACGAGACGGCCGGGAAGUGGCCGUGAAGGUGCAACACCCGUACGUCAAGGGCAACUCGAUCGUGGACAUCAAAACGAUGGAGGUGCUGGUGAAGCUGGUGGCAUGGACCUUUCCCGAUUUCAAGUUCCAGUGGCUGGUGAAGGAGUCGAAACGCAAUCUGCCGGUCGAGCUGGACUUUGCGCACGAGGGCAAGAACGCGGACAAAGUGCGCGAGAUGUUCCGCCACUACCGGUGGCUAAAGAUCCCCUCCGUCGUGUGGGAGUACACGACGUCGCGCGUCCUUAUGAUGGAGUACGUUAAGGGCGGCCAGGUAAACGAUCUCGAGUACAUCCAGCGUGAGAAGCUCGAUCCGUACGACAUCGCGAACAAGAUCGGCCAGCUGUACUCGAACAUGAUUUUCCUGAAGGGGUUCGUGCAUAGCGAUCCGCACCCGGGUAACAUCCUGGUGCGGCGUAGCGACCAAAACGACGGCACCGAAAUCGUACUGCUCGACCACGGGCUGUACGCGGAUCUGACCGAGCAGUUCCGGUACAACUACUCGAAGCUGUGGCUGAGUAUCCUGCGCGUAGAUCAGGCCGGUAUGAAGAAGUACGCCCAUGCGCUCGGAGUUGAGGGCAGCUUGUGGGGGUUGUUCGCAUGCAUGGUGACAGGACGUCCUUGGGACUCGGUCAUGCACGGGAUCGAAAAGGUGAAGCAGAACGAAGCGGAGAAAGAGUUGAUUCAGAAAGAGGGAAAGCUGGUGCUUCCGCACAUCUCCGACGUGCUGGAGAAGGUCGACCGGCAGAUGCUGCUGGUGCUGAAAACCAACGACCUCAUCCGAGGGAUUGAGACGACGCUCCGGACACAGAACCGCAUGACCGCGUUCUGGGUCAUGUCCAAGUGCUGUGUGAAGAGCAUCGGCAGCAAGGAGUAUCUCAGUGCCAGCGACACCUGGAGCAAGCUGGCCAGCUGUCUGCGCGAACAGUGGUGCAUACUGAAGCUGAACCUGUACUACCUUUACCGAGGCAUCGUCUCGCUGCAUCUGUUGUCAGCGAUGAAGAUGAUUUUCUGAAGGGCUGCGGGGCUUGCGAGGAGAUUCAGAAGAAGAAGAAGGAAAAAAGACAGACCUCGUAAAACAUAAUCGACCACAAACUCAGGAAGACGAGCGCACUUUGGGGAAGGCUCAUUAAGGCGCCUUACAUGAUGACGACGAGUCAUUAGCGCACGAUGGUGGGGAGCUCGAAAGGGUUGUAGUGCGAUUUAUUUUUUAACUUAUGCCGCUUUUUCUAUUGUUGCUAUUGAAGGAUUUCGUUUUUCGUUUACCAUUACGGAGAGGAUUUUUGUGACGGUUAUUUAUAACCAUUAUUUCCGCGUAGCCUCAUCGCAUUCACCAUUAGCUAGAGGACAAAAAAUAAUAAUAUUAACGAAGUUUACUAAUGUCAGGCUUCCGUAAGGGUCAGGGUCAUCGACGGGACGAAGUAAUUAAUGUUAGCUAAGCGUUCAUAGUGCAUAGGUAUGGAAUAUGCUUCCUAAAUAUUCUUUUUUGUUUUUUACUGUACCAUGUCUGGGCAUUAUUACACGUACAGAGAAAAUAAACGAUGAAUGUGCUUA